UUUUGUCACAAUAUUUUAUUUUUGUUGUUGUGAUGAUGGAUUUGAUUUGCCACAGUUAUUUAACAAUUUAUUUCGUUCAAUAAUAAUUAUUAAUUAGAAAAAUGUUACUCUAGAGUAAAAUUCAGUGAAAUAAAUUUGCACCAGAGUGAAUUAUUGACAAUCGAGUUGCCGCCGGAUAGAUUUUCUCUGUCGUUGUUUGCAAUGCAACGUUGUCCAGUCUACGGCUUGAAUUUUCUGCGUUUUCUUGUGUAAUUUGAGCAUUUUCCGGGUGAAAAUUGUAUUGAAACCAACCAGAAGGCUCCAAAGAGCAACCAACUGAAAAAAUGAACGAACCAGAAGAAGUGAGCCAAGAAGUCUGGUCUUCGUGGAUCUUGGACGCGAUCCGUAAAAUCCGCACCCAAAAACAACGUCCCAGCAUCGAAAGAAUCUGUCACGCCAUAAGAUUGCAUCACAAUUACCACGAAGACGUCAUCGCCGAACAACUGGAAAAAAUAGUAAAAGAUGGAAUCGUCCUUAAAGUCUUCAAUAAAGGUCAGAGCUCUUAUAAAGACCCCGGGGGGCUACAGCAGCACCGCACCUUGAAACUACAAAAAGGCAUGGAUUUGAGCAAGGUUGUUACAAAAGCUGUAAGGGAACUUGGAGAGCGCGACGGCUCUACUUUGAAGGCAAUUGAAAAAUACAUUCAGCAAUCGCAUACUAUUAUUGACAAUCCUGAUGCCGAUUUACAAACGCUGAUACGGUUGGGAGCUAAAAGGGCUGCAGCAAGGCUUUUUGUAAUACCCAAUGGGAAAAAUUACAAAUAUAAUUAUAGUUUGCAAAGUCCCCCAAGCAAACGGAAUACUAGUUUGAAAAAGACGACUGCUUCAGCUGAAGAAACAGAAUUAAAGGCCCCCAAGGCUUUGCCAAUAUGCUUGGAGUGUUUGGGCACGGAGGCCAAAAACAAAAAAUUCAGUGCCUGUUCCGAGUGCUCAUCUUCGGUGCACAUCAGCUGCACCAGUGGAGCUUCAGAAAUGCAGGCUUUCCUUUCUAAAGGCGGCAAAUGGUUUUGCGAGGAAUGUAAAGUUUGCGAUGGUUGUGGCAAUAGUGGAGUGUCUACUUGUCUGUUGUGCUGCUGCAAUUGUGACAAGAAGUACCAUAUAGGUUGUUUGGAUCCUCCUUUAGACAAGAAACCAAAAUGCCCAUGGCGGUGUAAACACUGCCUCUCUCACCAUGAGGGCAUAGGAAAGACUCCCAAAAAGGAACCCGGAGGUGCAGUAAAGAAAAAGCUGGAUAAAGUCAAAGAAAAGAAUACGCAAAAGUCCAAAGAAAUAGUCUCAGCUUCAGCUGACGUGCCUCCCACUCCAUCUAAAACUCCCUCGAGACGAGCAAAAGCAACAGUCCCAGCAAUUGCCGCUUCUUCUGGCGAGGAGGACGAGGAUACUGACUCACAGGGUACGCAAACUCCCAAUAACCGAUCCCAAAGUGUCAAAUCUUCCACAAACUCCUUACCAAUGUCCAAAGAAAAGCAAAAAUUCUUCAAACAUUCCGCCUUCAAUUCGGAAAAGAAAAAUACUAGGCAAAGCGAGAAAAAUAAUUUACAAAAAAUUGACGACAAUGACAAACGCAGAAUUACAAGAAACAAUAAUAAUAAUGAAGAGAAAAUUAAAAAAUCAGAAGCUAAAACUACCAAAGAAGAGCGUAAAAAACCCGCAAAUCGCAAUUUGAAAAGCACAGAAGUUGUUUCGGUUAAAAAAAGUUCAAGAAUUGCAGCUGCUCAAGCUGAAGAAAGGCAUAAAACUUUAAGAAACAAAACGGAAACAAACAAGAAACAAAAAGAAUCUGCCUCUUCAGAAGACUCUAGUAGUGACUCUAGCGAUGAAUCUACUACUAGUGGCAGUAGUACAAGUGACUCUUCUAGUAGCUCAAGUGAAUCAGACUCUACUUCAUCAAACUCAUCACAAGAAAAAUCCAAUCAAUCAGAAUCACAACAAAAACAGAAAACUUUUGGCAGUAUAGCCGGAGUAAAUCUUGACAAAGAUGCUCCAUGGGGUUUCGCAGCUGCAGCUGCAGCGAACAAAAAAGAUUCAAAAGACAUAUUUUCCAAUUCCAACAAAGUCAGUUUAUUCGACGACAAAAAAUCGCCUCAAGGCCUGGGCCAAUUGAAAGGCCUUUACGAUGGACUGUCUCAUUUUUUCACCGCUCCUACUCCUAGCAGAGCCAGCAGAUCGCAACCAAACUACAACCCAAGUAAACGAAAAUCAAAAGAAGAACCUACUAAAAAAGAAGAACCACCUUUGCCUGCUAAUAUUAAAAAAGACGAAGUAACUCCUCAAAAAAAGUCCCAAAUUAUAAGCAAUAAUUCCUCAAAUCCUAAUUCCCCAGCUUCAAUGUCACCCAGCGACCUGGUCAAAUCGGCAGUAAAUUGUCAGGAACUCGAGGCUAGUCAACCUAAGUCAUCUGUCAAAGACGACGCCGUUAAUUCGAUUGGGAAAAAACGCACCAAUCAGCCGAAAACUGCGACGCCUGCGCUGGCUGGAAAUCAGACGGAAGACCGCAGACCGUUUCAACUGCCUAUAGGAUGCAACCACAAAGACUUGGAGUUGUUCAAAGAGGCCCGCCAAAAAGCCAACGCCCAAACGGCCGCUUUGCUGGAAGCAGCAGAGCUGGCCAAUCAGACGAUGGCUCUGAAGUCGCCGUCGAAAUUGAUGCAGGAACAACCCAGGAAUCCGGGCGCCAUCGAGUUUGGAAAGUACGAAAUCCAGACUUGGUAUUCCAGUCCUUUUCCUCAGGAGUAUGCCAGGUUGCCCAAGUUGUUUUUGUGCGAAUUUUGUUUGAAGUAUACCAAGAGUAAAGCAGUAUUAGAAAGACAUCAGGACAAAUGCACAUGGAGACACCCUCCGGCAACCGAAAUCUAUCGUUGCGGCGAAAUUUCGGUGUUCGAGGUGGACGGCAACGUCAAUAAAAUCUACUGUCAGAACCUCUGCUUGAUGGCCAAACUAUUUCUGGACCACAAAACGCUUUACUACGACGUCGAGCCGUUUUUGUUUUACGUCCUGACGAAAAACGACAAAAAAGGCUGCCAUUUGGUGGGCUAUUUCUCCAAAGAAAAACACUGCGUCCAAAAGUACAAUGUCAGCUGUAUUAUGACGAUGCCACAGUACCAACGGCAAGGAUUUGGAAGGUUUUUAAUUGAUUUCAGUUAUCUUUUAUCCAAAGAAGAAGGCCAACCAGGCACUCCAGAAAAACCCCUUUCAGAUCUAGGCAGAGUUUCCUAUUACUCGUAUUGGAAAUCUUUAGUUUUAGAAUACUUAAACACUCACAGAACAGAUAAAAUCGAUUUGAUGGCCAUCAGCAAAGAAACUGGCAUGUAUUGUCAAGAUAUUGCAUUAGCUUUGCAAUUGUUAGGUUUCACCAAAUAUGUGGACAAAAAAGUUGUUGUUUGCAUUGAUUGGAAAAAAGUUGAUAAACAUGCGCAAAGAGUUGCCAAAUCCAAAACAAGAAUUUAUAUCGAUUUAGAGUGUCUCAGAUGGAAACCGUUGCUUUCUACAGCUACAAAUCAACUCAGGGAAGACAAAUCUGAUGGGGAAGUUGACGAAAAGUCACCGCAAACCACCGCAAAUAUUAUAACAGCUCCAGAAAAAAUUAUUAUAGAAAAUACUCAGGGUGUUAAGCUUAAAAGAGGCAAGAAACGGAGAUUUAUAUCGCCAAAAAUACCAAAAAACAUUAAAGUCGAAACUCCAAAACCGGUAAGUGUUUCUAUAGAAAACACUACAAGUGAAACUCCUGAAGAAUUUGAAAUUACUUCAUCAGGAAGGAAAAGGACUCGACCAUCGAAAUUCAAUGAAACCACUUUCGCAGAUGUUAGACGUAAACGCAAAAUUGAUAACAAUGAAAAGGAAUUAGUCCCAGCAAAAAUAACCAAAUCAGAAAAAGAAGAAGCAAUUAUUGUAAAGCCAAAUAAAAAAGAAGAGGUUGAUUUAUUGACACCAAUAAGACCUAGAAGGAGCAUUGCGCAAAAAGAUACAAAAGUGGCUACAGGUGAAAGAUGGUCUCAACGUAGAGCUAAAAAACAAAAAGUAAUCGAAGAACAGCAAAAAGUUGAAGAAAAAAUCAAUUCAGAUGUUGAUGUUGAAACAAAAUCUAAUGAAGAAGAACCAAUAAAUGAUAAACCAAAAUUAGUUGAAAUAACGCCUCAAUUGAAAAAGAAACGUCCUAUUAAAAAGCGCAGAGGAUGGAAUAAGAAUAGAGAAUUGCCUAAAAAUCAACAAACUUUGCCUCAACUAUUCAAAGCCAAGCAAAUGCAAAAAGAUAGUGAAAGUGAUUCGGUCAUUUCUGAAAAAUCUGACAUCGAUGAUAAAACAAAAAUCUUACCUUUGACACCCGUUAAAGAAAAGCCCGAAAAGAAAAAGCCAAAAAGAACUUCCAGAAGGUCAACCGAAGAGGAUUCCAGUGCCGAAGCCGAUGACGAAAUGGAAAAUGAUGAGCUACCAGUGCACAAAGAAUCCUCGCCAAUGAAAUAUAAAUAUUCUAAAGAAGGCCUUCUCAGAUCUCCCAAAGAUAAAGUAUCACCUAAAGAUAAAUCAUCACCCUCGAAUACAGAAAAGAAACCUUCAGUUUACUCGUCAACUACCUCAGAAUCUGAAACCGAAAUAGACGGCCAGAAAAUCAAGACAAUUUCCAGCAAGAAAAUGUUGGAAUUGUCCAAACAUAGCAGUUUCGAGUUUAGUGAACCCAACAAAGAAGAUGAUCCGGUGCCUAUUGCCAACGAUGACACUUCCCAAGAUAAAAACAUAGAAAGUAAAGUGAUAGCGGUUUUAAAAUCAGAAAAUUCAAACUCUAGAAUGUCUGUGGAUAUGGAAAUUGAAAAAGUCGACGAGACGAAACACCAGCAAAUUAUUGAGCAGCAAAAAGUUGAGAGUCCGAAAAAAGAAGUUGUGGAACCUUUUCAAGCUGUUGAAAUUGCAAAAUUGCCUGUUGAAUCACAAAAUCCUGAGCCUCCAGAACUUGUGGAACCUCAAAAACUGUCUUUAGAGCUUGUGGAACCUCAAAAACUGUCUUUAGAGCUUGUGGAACCACAAAAACUAUUACCAGAAGUUGUGGAGACUCAAAAACCAGAGCUUAUAAAACAAGAAGUUCCACUACAAAAGGUUGAGGUGCCUAAAAUCAGCCAGGAAAUGCCGGUUCAAGUGCAAGAAAUUGUUGAGAAACCCGAACAAAUUGUACCUGAACCAAUAAAGAAUGAUGUGCAAAAUUGUCAGCUUCCUCAACCUCCGCCCAAGAUUGAAAAUAUUGAAAAAUUUGUCUCCAAUGUCCCUAGUGUUAUUAAAGCUCAAGAACCAAUAGUGCAGCUAGAGACUCCCAAUGUACCAUCAAAACCUGCUUUAGUAGAACCAGUAAAACUAGAUACUCCAAACACAAAUGAAUACAUAAAGCCUUCAAUGCCCCAACAUCAAACUAUUAUGACAAACCCUGCAAUGAUAAACCAAAUAAAGCCACCAAUUCAAUACAAUCAAGCCCCAAUUCAGCCACAGCAAGAAAAAACGCCUGUAAAUAAUACAGAGCCUCCUCAAAAACCCAUCAGAUUAGAGCCUCCGAUGACUAAAGUUCACCAAGAAGGGGUUAAAAUUGAAAGCAAACCUUUACCAAAGGCUCUGCCACCUCAGGCCAAACAAAGCCCUGAAAAAUUGGUGCCAAUUAUUAAAGAACCAAUCCAAGAAACAAAGUCGGUCAUAGAAAAACCACCCCACCACAAAGACACUAAAAUAUCCCCUCAAAUUCAUCACACUGAAACGCCAAAGCCCAAAGAGGAGCACAAGAUUCCGAAACAAGAAAGACCCAAACAAGAAAGGUAUCAGCAAAAACUUCCCACUCCAUAUGAAGAAAAAUUAUCAUACGAUGCUCAAAAAGUUCACAUGGAAAAUGAGGCCCUUCUAGCUGCUAGUAUGGCCUCGCAAGGUUAUCAUAUGAACAUGAAUAUGACUGCUCAAUAUCCUUGGCAAUGGGACAGAUUUUGGAGUAACAAGUACUAUGAUCCCACCAAAAGAGAUUACGCCGGUUACGCGAUGCCUCCUUUACAAUUUCCUUUGGAUAUGCUUCCAGCAACGACCACUGCAACAGCACCUACAGUCACUAAACAGCCAGCGAGUUGUGAAAAAGAAAAAAGCUCCAAAAGCCAUAGAUAUGAUUCUUCAAAAUAUAAUCAACAAUCAACUAAGGUUAGUAAAGAUAAAACGCAAUCUCCAAGGAAAGAGGAAAAGAUUAAGCAUAAACCUGAACAGGAUAGUAGCAGGACAGCUGCUGAACAAUAUAAAGCGAGUUGUUCUGUUGUUAAUAAUAUGGAGCAGAAAUUUCCUCAGAAAAUUCUAAUCAACAAACCAAAAGAGGAAUCUAUAAAACCCGAAAUCGAAAAUCAAUUGAAGCAGCCUCAAGAAAUGCCUUCGAUGGGCGUCUACACACCAGACUCGGCCACAAACUCUGUCCACAGUCUACCAUACGCCCCGUGCGAACUAGACGUGUCUCACAUGGGCCUAGAAUCUCCCGCUUCAAUUUCCAGCGACAUGACCUCACAAAACUCAAUAGACGUCGUCAGACCUUCUUCUGUAGUCAACCAGCAACCUCAAACCAACUACGACUGCAUGCAGCAACAAAAUUUACAGUCCGCGCAAAUUCCCGCGGCCAGUCCCGGUUUGAACAUGCAAAUCCAGCAACAAACCACCACAAAAAGGCAAAUGCAACAGCAACGAAGUCGCUCUAAUUCGAAUACACCGUCGAGUAAGCAACACAUGAGAGCUACGCCUCCCGCUGCGCAGCAGCAGCAGCAACAAAAUACUCCUAGACAAAGGGCUACGCCUCCUCAACAUCAGCACAAUAACAUGCAAAUGAGUCCUUCGGCAAGCAACGCCGCUCAGCAUCAAGUAAUGCAGCAGCAACAUCAGCAACAGCUGCAGCAACAUUUGCAUCAGCAAGUCGCAGCUGUACAUCAAGGCUACCCGCAACAUUUGGCAACUAGUGCUAUGCAUCAGCACCAUCACGGACACCAUUCCGUUAUCAGCCAAGCAAACUAUAUCCCCAGUGCUACAACCCAAGGAUUUGCAGUCGCACAAAACCCCAGCACUUACGUAAACGUGCCUAUGACUACAGUUAUUCAACACAGAAUGACUCAGCAAGGUGGCAUAAGUCCUCAUCAAAACUUAGCACCCUCACCUAGCUGCGCUGUAACCACCGGAACUAGUUUUUACAUCCAAAGCAAUCCGCAUCACACACAUUCGCACACUACUGUGCCUACUCCAUCCCCUAAUUCGCUGCAAGCCAAUCCUCCAGGCCAAACAGCUUCAGCUAAUUCCAGUUGCAGCUUAGCCAAGCUCCAGCAAAUGGUUUCCAGUAGCACAAUCCCACCUGCCACUUGCAACACUAUGACUCCCCCUCCAACUUCUAUGACUCCGCCAACUCAUCACCCGCACGCUAUGACCCCGCCUCCCACUCAUCAGACGAUGAUUCAGAAUCAAAGAAAUUUAACGCCGCCCUCUGCGAUACCUUCCAACUUACAACAGCAAGUUUUAGGCUACCACAAAUAUUAUCAGACUAAUAUGAAUGUUAAUCAGUUGGGUGGUACCGUAACGCCACCUAUAGGCCAAAACUUGGCCAGAUCAGGUAGAAAUUCUUCAAAUGUCACGAUGCAACACAUGCAAACUAGUUCGAGUCGUGUGAGUCCUAACGUGUCGAUAAAUCCUUAUGUGAUGAAUAAUUCUUUGAACGGAUAUAGGAUAGCGCCCCAGCAAGCUCCUAGUGCGGUGGCAGGUUACAUUACCAACACCCCCGCCGGUUUUAUAAACAAUCAAAUUCCGACAAUGCAAAUGAUGAAUAUGGCUGCGCAGACGCAGUACCAGGAUCCUGCCGCUUUGCAACGGGCUCAACAAAAUCCUAUGUAUACUUAUAAUUAUAUUAAUGGGAUUAUGAGACGGUAAAUGAUUUAGUUUACAUCACAACCAAUUGUUAUAUUGGCAUCACACUAACGUGUUAUUGUAUUAUAAAUUCAAAGAAAUGCCUUUUUAGUUGUUAAGAUUUUAAACCUAGGCUGUGUAUGCUGAUAAGUUAUAUUUGUUUGUUCUUGUAAAGACAGUAUUCACAGGCGUAUUUAGUAGUAGGUGUUUGUGACAUUAUUAUGUUUUUUCGCAAAUGUAAAUCGCAUGGUCUUGGACUUAUUACAUUUGUUGUAUUAUAAUUAUUUUUUUGUUUGUUUCGAGUUUAAUAAUAGUUACUUAGUUUACACUCUACUUAAGUUUUGUUUUUGUAUAGCACUGUGAUUAGUUUCAAAUAAGGAUAAUCUUGGAAAAUAUUCUAUAUCCAGUUUUUUAUAGAGUUAUAAAAUUAGUUUUCAAAAAUUAA